GUCGGGCUCUAGUGCGCAUGCCCCGGGGAGACGGCCGAGUGGCGAUUGACUGGGAGACAGAGGACAGAGAGCGGUGGAGGAACCCUAUCCCUGCCGGCGGGUAGACUCGAACGAUCCGUGCGUCACUUCCGCUGGGAGAGGGGCGGGGCUGAGGGGGCGGCACCCUGGCUGCUGCGCCUGUAUUUGUGUUGGAAGCUCAGCUGAUGCUGGCUGGCCGGAGUGGACGUCAAUGCCGGGAAGAAUCGAGUCGCCGCUACCACCCGAAUUAUCGGGCCUGCAUCCCGUUUGUUCUGUCGUCCAAGGUCUACAAGGUUACUUGAGGUUUAAUAAGAAAGACCAUGAAAUAUGGCAUUUCUUAAAUGAAGCAUUCAGGAAUGAAGUGAGAGAAUGUCAUAUAGAAAAUAAAUGAUUUUUAAGUUAUGUCUAUUAAUCUGACUGUAGAUAUAUAUAUUUACCUCUUUAGUAAUGCACGAAAUCUUUGUGGGAAGCAGAGAAGCAAGCAACUGCAUUUCUUGUUCUCACCCAAGCAUUGCUGGAGGAUAAGUCACAUCAGUCUACAAAGAGGUUUUCAUACAAGCAAAAUAAAAUGUAAAUGGACCAAAAGUGAAGCACACUCUUGCAGUAAGCACUGUUACUCUCUAAGCAACUAUGGUUUACAUAUUGGAAUUUUGAAACUUAGCACUUCUGCUCCCAAGGGACUUACAAAAGUGAGCAUUCAUAUGUCCCGUAUUAAAAGUUCUUUGAAUUCUGUUUCAAAGGCUGUUUUGGGCCAUCAGAAUGAAAUGAUAUCACGUCUAGCUCAAUUUAAGCCAAGUUUUCGUAUAUUAAGAAAAAUAUCAGAUAGUGGUUGGUUAAAACAGAAAAACAUUAAACAAGCCAUCAAAUCUCUGAAAAAAUUUAGUGACAAAUCAGAAAAGAAUCCUUUACCAGACAAGAAAAGUCCCAUUCUAGAAAAAGAAGACAUAGGUAAACAAAGUCUUUUUCAUUACACGAAUACUAUAACCACAAAGUUUGGAGAAUCAUUCCACUUUUUAUCAAAUCAUAUUAAUUCAUAUUUCAAACGUGAGGAAAAAAUGUCUCAACAAAAGGAAAAUAAACAUUUCCAGGACAAAUCAGAACUUGAAGGUGAAAAAGUUGAAGAAGGGAAAUCAAUUUCUUCAGAUCCUGGUAUCCUCCCUGAUAAACCAGGCUCAGACUCUUCUCCAGAUACUGUGGACAAGCCUGCAAGUCCCACUGGGUUACCUGAGGUUCUUCCAGUUUCAACAAAACAAAGUAUUGCUAACUUUCUUUCUCGUCCCACGGAAGGCGUGCAAGCUUUAGUAGGUGGUUAUAUUGGUGGACUAGUCCCCAAAUUAAAAUAUGAUUCAAAGAGUCAGGUAGAAGAACAAGAAGACCCUGCUAAAACUGAACAGGCCGUCAGCAAAGACAAAAAUGCAGAGGAGAAAAAGCGUUUAUCUCUUCAACGAGAAAAGAUUAUUGCAAGAGUGAGUAUUGAUAACAGGACCCGGGCAUUAGUUCAGGCAUUAAGAAGAACAACUGACCCAAAGCUCUGCAUUACGAGGGUUGAAGAACUGACUUUUCAUCUUCUAGAGUACCCUGAAGGAAAAGGAGUGGCUGUCAAGGAAAGAAUUAUUCCAUAUUUAUUACGACUGAGACAAAUUAAGGAUGAAACUCUUCAGGCUGCAGUUAGAGAAAUUUUGGCCUUAAUUGGCUAUGUGGAUCCAGUGAAAGGUAGAGGGAUCCGAAUUCUUACAAUUGAUGGUGGAGGAACAAGAGGUGUGGUUGCUCUUCAGACACUACGGAAAUUAGUUGAACUUACUCAGAAACCAGUUCAUCAGCUCUUUGAUUACAUUUGUGGUGUAAGCACAGGUGCUAUACUAGCUUUCAUGUUGGGAUUGUUUCAUAUGCCCUUGGAUGAAUGUGAGGAACUUUAUCGAAAAUUAGGGUCAGAUGUAUUUUCACAAAAUGUCAUUGUUGGAACAGUCAAAAUGAGUUGGAGCCAUGCAUUUUAUGACAGUCAAACAUGGGAAAAGAUUCUUAAGGAUAGAAUGGGAUCUGCACUAAUGAUUGAAACAGCAAGAAAUCCCACAUGUCCUAAGGUAGCUGCUGUAAGUACCAUAGUAAACAGAGGGAUAACGCCAAAAGCUUUUGUGUUCAGAAACUAUGGUCAUUUUCCUGGAAUCAACUCUCAUUAUUUGGGAGGCUGUCAGUAUAAAAUGUGGCAGGCCAUUAGAGCUUCAUCUGCUGCUCCAGGCUACUUUGCAGAAUAUGCACUGGGAAAUGAUCUUCAUCAAGAUGGAGGUUUGCUUCUGAAUAACCCUUCAGCAUUAGCAAUGCAUGAGUGUAAAUGUCUUUGGCCAGAUGUUCCAUUAGAGUGCAUAGUAUCCUUGGGCACUGGACGUUAUGAGAGUGACGUGAGAAAUACUGUGACACACACAAGCUUGAAAACCAAACUUUCUAAUGUUAUCAACAGUGCUACAGACACAGAAGAAGUCCAUAUAAUGCUUGAUGGCCUUUUACCUCCUGACACCUAUUUUAGAUUCAAUCCUGUAAUGUGUGAAAACAUACCUCUAGAUGAAAGUCGAAAUGAAAAGCUGGAUCAGCUGCAGCUGGAAGGGUUGAAAUACAUAGAAAGAAAUGAACACAAAAUGAAAAAAGUUGCAAAAAUAUUAAGUCAAGAAAAAACAACUCUGCAGAAAAUUAAUGAUUGGAUAAAAUUAAAAACUGACAUGUAUGAAGGCCUUCCAUUCUUUUCAAAACUGUGAUGAAUGUAUGCAUAUCUUCUUAUAAAUGAAGACCCAUUCAGAAGAUAAGAUCCACCAAGUUCAACAAGGAAUCGUGGGGUUCAACAUGAGUUAACUUUGACAUUCUUUUGAAUUCUGGGGAAUCCUGAAAAAAACGGUGCUUCAACAAGCUUGCACAGCACAAAGGAUAUGCUUGGUUACAGAAUUCAUAUGGGAAUUAAGUUUUUAAGAGGUUAAUAAUUAAGUUUUAGAACUCUUAUUGUGCUAGUUGGUUUUAGUAGAUAUUGGUGUUAUAUUGUUUGAUGUUUGAAAAUGUAUUAAUAUAUGUGCCAAAUAAACUGAAAACUAUCAUACUUUGUAUUUUUGCUUUAGUCAUCAUAAUCAUGUUGAAUUUACGUGAUCAUUGAUUUUAUUUAAUAUGGAAAAGCUGAUUCUUAAAUUUACAUUACUUAAUGUCUUCACUUUCUGCAUUCUGUGAGCCACAUACUGCCUUCUAUUGUAAUAUCAUUUAAAUAGACACAGAAUGGGAUCUUCUCUAUUGAAGUACUUUUACAUUUGAAGUAUGAAAGAACCAGAUACUGUUUUCUAUUCAAAAUGUGCUUAAUUCAGUAUCGUUUGCUUAAAAAAGAUAGGUGAAGUUCCAAUCCACCACUUUUGUCCCCUGAAAUUUCAAAAUAAUGCCGUGUAUAAUUUCUAGAUCUAGUUCUAGCUUAUCAUUUCCUGUUGUAAAAUUGUUUUAAUUUACUGACAAAAUAUUCCUAUCACUAACAAAAAUAAACUAUUGAAAUAA